AUGGAGAGCGGCGGCGGUUUGACCGGCUUGGCCUCCGGGAGCCCUGAAGAUCCCGGCCCGGCCCCGAAGCUUGCGACCGACCUUCCCGUUCUCCCGAAAGGUAGUGGCUGGGGCUCUAGGCCGCACCUCGAGGCGAAGGGCGGGCGUGGUUUUAUUUUUGCGAGGUGGGGGCCGGGAUUCCGAUUGUCGGGGACAUAAACGCCGAGAAGCCGGCGCGGGGCUGAGGCUUGAAGAGUCGCCUCGCACUGCUCCUCUUCCUCCUCGGGGCCCUUAAGGCCUCGCCUCCCUCUGGCGCCCUCAGUAUCGCGACGGUGGGAUUUCCUUUAAUUGUACGUAAUAUAAAUAUGAAAACACGUUAUUAUUUGCAUGCCGACUUCCUUAAAGUUUCCGAAGUGGUAACAAAAACCAGCACCGGUACGUUGCUUUCAAUGCAUUCAGAAAACCACAAAAUAAUGGCCUACAAUUUAUAUUUUGCGUGAGGCUCGCCGUGAAUAAAUACCCUUUUAUUCCAAAGUAAGCCCUCCUGCGUUAUAUGGGGCAAGUAAGACUUGUGUUGGGUCGCAGCCUAAAAUGCCAAAGGGCAGGUGAAUUAGGCCGCCAAUAGAUAGGUAUUUUUUUAUUUAUUCGUGGCAAGAGGGGCCAUCUUGCAGGAGGGUGUAGCAGAGUUAUGGGGCCAUGUGAAAAAAGGCCUUUGAUGGAAAAUAACCUGAACAGAAUGGAGGAUACAGAAGGAAACGCUCCUAUAAUCAAACCUCAGACAAACCUUGACCAUCUGCCAUUAUGGCUGGAACGGGUGGGAGUUUGAGGCCAACAAAACCAGGAGGGCCACAAGUUCUCCAUCUCAUUUUUAGGGCAUUUUACUGCACCAAUAGCAGUAGGGGCAAAACACUAGGUACUGGUAGGUAGCUCCCAUGCGGUACUGCAAAAAUUAAAUGUACCUUUUCCACCACCAGAAGUCCAUUCAUUCUUCACUUCAGGCCUUUGAAUCAUCCUCAUCCAUAGUGUAGGCAGCACAUAGUGAAACCAAGCUGAGACGUGUGUCUCCCCAAAGUUUUAGUCACACUUGCAAAGUCAUAUAUUUCAAGGGGUCACAGCACUCAUUCUUCUGUCCUCUUAAGGGGCAAGCUUUCAUGGCCUUCUCAAAUACUGUACUCAAGGAAGUGAAUAAUUAAGUGAAGACAAAAGACAGGAUAAACACUGUCUUAUGCUCUUGUUCCCAGUACUUAGGGUGAUAAUUGUUCUCUAUAUGUUGUUCCAUUGCUCUUUCAGAAGUACAACAGUUUGCUGCCAUGAAUGAGGAACCUGCCACUAUUUGUUUCAAUGAAGAUGAUUAUUACUGUCCUGUUUGCCAAGAUGUGUUUAAAACACCUGUGAGGAUUUCUGCUUGUCAGCAUGUGUAUGUAUCUAUGUCUCUGGCCCAUUUUUAUUUGCCCCUCCAUUGUUAAUUAUAUAUUUUCUCCCUUCCCUCAUACUCUUCCUAUCUAACUGAUCUCAGUAAACAUUUGUAUUUUUAAGGAGGAUGUUCUCUUGUUAACCCCACUUUUGAGGAGGAUGCAACUACUUUUACGUAUGCUAAACAAGUGCCAAUUCAUAAAUUUUUGUAAGUGCUUCUACUCUCGUAUAUGCUGCAUAAGAUACUUUUUCUUGAAAAAUCACCACAGAAGCCCUCCAUGAAGUUUCUGCUUGCUUGUUAAAAUACAUCUACUGCGUCCUUUUGAGUUCUGUUUGUUCCCAUACACAGCACAAAUUCGAACAUUUGCUAAGCUUUACUAAGCAUCUUCAGUGUUGUAAUCCAGAUAAUCUUAAAGCUACUCAGAAUGGAAAUAAUUCCAGUUUUUGGAUGUAGAUAAGAAUAGCCUUACUGCACAAUAUCUCAUAAAAGCAAAUUCCAUAAGUUCAUUACAUGCUAUGUGAUAGUUUUUUUUUAAAGAAUGUAUUGAAUCUUCUGUCAUUCAGUUUCAUUGGAUGACCUUGAGUUCUAAUAUUAUGAGAGAUGGAGAAAACUUCCUUUCACUUUUUCAACAUAAGCAUAAUUUUAUAAACCUACACAGUGAUUCCUACCCAUCCUCCCUCAUUUGCCGUUUUCUUCACUAUUAAAAGCCCCAAAUGUGAUGACUUUUCUCAUCAGAAAAGUGCUCUAAUCACUCUGGUAGUUAUCUGUAUCUUACUAUUUCAGAUCUGGCUCAAGUGCAGAUCUAUAUAAAAGUGGUUUUUUUUGAAAGGCGGUUUAAUUUUGAAUGUAUUUUGUAAUUAUCCUUGGUGUACAGUUUGCCCUUUUCACAGCUGGUGUGCACUGGGUUCAUUUUUCAUUUUGUACUCUGUCAUAACCCCUCAAUAUCUUUCUUGGUGAGUAACUGGCAGUUUUGAUUCCCUGAAGUUAGGUUUUUUUUGUCUCAGUGUACAUCACUUUGAAUCUCCUUUGUCACCCCCACCUCCCAUUCACAUAGUUUUGAUAUGUUUGGGAAGUCUGCUUAGAUUUUUACCAUCCUCAAUAUAUACUGUAAUCUGCAAAUUUCACUGCUUCACUGCUCUCCCCAACUUUAAAUCAUGAGUAUAUGAGUUAUCACAGACUGGUGAAAGUGGCAUGCUGUAGUAAUAAUAAUGGGAUUAGAAUGACUAUUAAUUGGUAAAGCAGAACAUUAUUUUUGUACUCAACUUUAUAUUUGGGUUCAGGUUUUGCAGGAAAUGUUUCUUAAUGGCUAUGAAAGAAGGUGGAACACAUUGCCCACUAUGCAGAGGCAUUGUCACUCGAAAAGAAAAAGCACGUCCUAACAGAGCCUUAGAUGUUGAAAACAACAUGAAGAAAUUGGUGGGGAGCUGUAGAUGCUGCGACAAACAGGUAUAGUAGAUGUAAAAUAGUGUUAAAAGUGAAACUCUGUAUGCUUAUCUAGAAGUAAGCCCUUUUGAAAACAUGCAUAGGAUUACAUUGAAAUAAUAUUUAUUGCGGACAGGUGGGUAGUGCACCAUCAUCUGCUACCACAUUUUACAUUAUGAAGAUUCUGAGAAAAAGCAGACUGACUUUGAAUAACAAACAAGUGUUGCAACUAGGCACUGAUAGAAUGUAUUCCUUCACUUUUUUUGUUGUGAUUUGGGAGCACUCUAGUAAAUUAAAACUGUUAAUAAUACUGAAGAAGACGUGGAGGUACAAGAAUGGCUUGAGCAGUGACUGUAAGACUAUCUUAACCAGUAUACACUUUGAAUUACCUGAUUGAAGCUAAAGCAAUCCCCAAAUAUACAAAGAAGCAGCUAACCAUAUGUGCAUUAACUUUUUAUCUAUCUUAAGGUCUUGGGAAGCUCAAACCAUAGAAUACUGUAGAGUUUUAUGAUCUGUCACCUGAUCUGGUUGUUUAACUCCUGUGUUGAGCUCAGUAAAACAAAAAUAUUUAUAAGGCAUGUAAGAAAAUAUGUGUUAAUGCUUAGUUGAAUGAGCUUUCAGUAUUGCAAAUCAAGGGAAUUUAGAAGAAAGUUUUGUAAACUAGUUGACAUGAUUUUCCCCAACUAGUCACAGGAGUAAUUUUUUUACGUAACUAUAGGAUUGCCCAUAAAUGAGAUUCAACUCUAAAUGAGACACAACUUUAUUUACAGAUAAGAUUCUCGCGUAUGAGACAGCACUAUAAAUCGUGUAAAAAGUAUCAAGAUGAGUAUGGUGUUUCUUCUGUAAUUCCAAGCUUAGACAUAUCUCAGGAUUCAACAGGAAACAGGUAAAUACCUAUUUGCAAGCAGCUUUAUACAUUUUAAUGCUUGCUUUUUUAAAAAAUGUCCCAAACUAUUGUAUAUUGCGUUCUUUAGAUUUGGCAUGGGGGAAGUUGUUAAACAAUGUAGCUUAGAAUUUAUUCACAGGGUGGUUGAAGUGUGACAGUAAAGUACAUUUUAUUAUGUUAUAUCCAAAUGAGAACUUCUGACACAAUGUUAUAAUUAUCUUUUAGGCUUUGGAACUUAGUUCUGAUUAUGAAAUGCCAAAAAUCACUAUUUAAAUCAACAAAAAUUACUUUGUGUAUUGCAAACCUUUGUUUUGUUUGCAGUAUGGGCACCAGGCUUCAGCGGCCCUUGGCAUAAUGGUGAUAGUGCUCCUCCUUAAACAAAGGCAGGGCUCAUUCCUGCUUUAGGUGGCAGCUACAUCCUUCUCUGCUGCUUUGGUGGUCCCAGUGCCACUCACUGUCCUCCACUCAGAUGCACUUCCAUGGGCAUGCAGCAGCACUUUUGAAUGGGAGCUAAGCUCAGCUUCAUCCAUGGUGGCCACCCAACACCUUAUGCAAUGUUUCUGAAGUAACUUUUUUUUUAUAAAAAAAAUAUGUUUAUUUAGAUAAGAACAUCUAUAGUCCAAUUCUAAACAUGCAUUUUUUGAAAGUAAAUCCCACUAGUAUCAAUGGGAUUAAUUUAGUCCUCAUACUGCUUUGAAUUGCAACCCCUUCUGUAUUUAAUUUGAAAAUAAAUUCUCACGCUUUGUAUGAAGUUUUAGAAGUGACUCUUCUACUUCGGAAGUUGGAGAAAAUUCUAAUCUACAUGUUCCUGAAGAAGCUACAAGGUAGGACUACCUUUGAAAUCAGUAACUAUGUGGUUUUAGGUAUUGGUGGGAAGGAGUGCCAACAAAUGAAGGAAAUCUUCAGUAGAAGACAAAUUUCAAAACAAAUAUCAUAGAGCAGUGGCUCUGAUGUAUACUCAUGCAGGGACUUUAAUAUGUGAAUCCCAAGCUUUGAAUAAGGAGAUGCUUCCUUACUGAUUUCCAGGUGACAAAGUAAAUAAAAAAGCUAUUUCUCAUCAGAACAUUAUGCAUGCAUUGACUGCCUCCUGGGGUUUGGACUGGGGCCCAUUUGGCUUGCUUUAUCUACCUUCAGGUCUUUUCACAUAUGUGUCAGGCAUGGAGAAUUAUAUUCCUGUAUCAGUAACCUGAAUAUUUUGUAUAAAAGUGGUUUUCAGCCUUUUUGAGCAUUGGAAACCCCUAAUGUGAAGGUAGCACAAAGCACAUCAUGCUAUAGUUAUACUCCAAAACAAGUCAGAAUUCAAAAUACUCUUUUGGAUUUUAUCAAAAUUCAAAUUUUGGGUUUAAAGUAUUAAAACAGAUUUGUGUCAAGGUGAAGUAUAAAUGAAGUAUAUGAUACCUUAUAAUAUAUUUAGGUCAGGUAAAAUCAGGAAAAUGGAAUUUGAUUUGUUUCUUAGAAAAAUAUAUUCCAGAGAAAACAACUUUUUAUAUUUGAAGCAGUACAAAGUAAUCCUAUGAUUUACUGCAAAAGCUGCUGGUGAUAGAUGAAAGAGAUCCUGUUGAAAGACUAGGUAAUCUUAAGAAAACACCCCAAAAAAGCCUUAAACUGAAAAAUACAAAGCAUGACAUCUCUUGCAUUGGCUUAGUAUAUAUUCUGUUAUUCUUUUGUUUUAAAUAGCACUGUAAACUGCCCUGAGAUAUUAGGAACAGACUAUAUACAGUGGUACCUUGGGUUAAGUACUUAAUUCAUUCUGGAGGUCCAUUCUUAAGCAGAAACUGUACUUAUCCUGAAGCACCACUUUAGCUAAUGGGGCCUCCAGCUGCCACCGCACCGCCGGAGCACAAUUUCUGUUCACAUCCUGAAGCAAAGUUCUUAACCCGAGGUACUAUUUCUGGGUUAGCGGAGUCUGUAACCUGAAGCGUAUGUAACCUGAAGCAUAUGUAACCUGAGGUACCACUGUAAAUACCUUAAAUAAAUCAGCAAGCGCUUGGGCAACAGAAAGGAAGAGAUGCCAGGGAUUAGGCUGGCAUUUAUGCCUCAACCAUGGUCGCACUUACUUUGAUUCUGAUAGAAUUUGCUUCAGUCAUGUUUUCUUCCAAGUAGACAUUUAUUGUAUUGGACAACACGUGUUCAUAUUGGAAGGAACAAUGUAAUAGAUUAGGAGGUAUUUCAGUGAUUUUAAGUCAGAACUUCUAAGAUCCUCAGAAAAGGGAGGAUCCAGACUUCUUCAAAUGAACAGAUUUAAAGGUCAUUUGAGUCUCAUUAUUAAGUGGGUGUUAUUUCUGUGCAGUGUAAACAUGAACGAGACGAUUCCACAACACUUGUGUAUUGAUUUUUAAAAGGGAUACUCAAAACAUGAUAAUAAAAAACCAUGCUUUUGUCAUGUUCAGGUCAGGUCCUCUAGCAAAUUCUCCAAAUGUACACUGGCUAAUCCAGCUGUUCCUUCUACAUCCCACACCCUCUUUACUGUAUACAUACCAGCUGCAUUCAAAUAUGUUAAAUUUUGACUUAGUGCUACAUGAAUCCACUACAGCAAGCCUCAAGCCUGUGUGCUUCCUCCCUCCUCCUGAAUGCCCAGGGGGAGGAGGGGAAUCAUUCAUGUGCAAGACUCAUUGUGUCUCAUACACAUAGGAUUUAGCCAUGGUCUAGUGUUAUGUACAAAUGUGGCCACUGUUCCUCAAUAUGUGUUUUGGUCUCAUUUUAUGCAUUUCCUCCUUUUGCUGAAAUUAAUGAGGAAAUGAUUGUGUGUGACAGAGUUUCUUGAAAAUGUAACAUGCUGUUGCAGGGAUUUUCAUCCAUGUGUGCCUCUUUCUCAUAUUUGUUUUCAGUGGACAGCCUACAUUCAAAUGCCCUUUGUGUCAAGAAAGUAACUUUACAAGGCAGAACUUAUUGGAUCACUGUAAUGAUAGGCACCUUUAUCAACUAGUUCCAGUAGUGAGUAUGUGUAUAUAAAAAAGAAAGUUUGUGAAGAUUUUAUCCUAGUAUGUGUGAAUUAAGAGCUCUUUUUUUUGAAAUUAUCUUAAUUCUAUGACAAUAGCAAUAUCUUCAGAAAGAAUGAGCCACCCUCUACUCCCUUCAGUAAUGGAUCUAGCAGUUACAGCAUUUCCCUCAGUUUUAUACUGAAUGACAUUUCCCCUUUUCCAAUCUUUUUUUUUUUUAAAGUACUUAGAUCUGUAAUUACAAGACAUGUUUUCCAGGGACGCGGGUAGCACUGUGGGUAAAACCACAGAGCCUAGGACUUGCCGAUCAGAAGGUCGGCGGUUCGAAUCCCCGUGACGGGGUGAGCUCCCGUUGCUUGGUCCCUGCUCCUGCCAACCUAGCAGUUCGAAAGCACGUCAAAGUCCAAGUAGAUAAAUAGGUACCGCUCCGGCGGGAAGGUAAACGGCGUUUCCGUGCGCUGCUCUGAUUCGCCAGAAGUGGCUUAGUCACACUGGCCACAUGACCCGGAAGCUGUACGCCGGCUCCCUCAGCCAAUAAAGUAAGAUGAGUGCCACAACCCCAGAGUCGGUCAUGACUGGAUCUAAUGGUCAGGGGUCCCUUUACCUUUAUGUUUUCUUAAAGGACUGCCCUUCAUUCUAUUUUUUCUCAAGCUGUUGCACAAUACAUUGCUAUUAGACACAUUUAAGUCCAUUUGAGUUCAGUGGAAGUACUAAGCACUUAAGGAGUGCCCAGCUUGGGCAGGAUGGUCCCCUGUUUUACAAGUAGUGCCCAGUAUUGUUUAAAUGGGAGAUAUUAGAGACAUACACUCUUUUAAAAACUUUUUGUCUUAAGUCCCAUUUUUCAAGUUUUUUUGUAAAAAGAUUUCUUAAGAUUGAGGGCAGAAAUAGACAAGUAGUAUCUUCUUUAGAAACAUAAAUGUUCAGUGUCAUUUCCUUUAAAGAAUUUAAAGUAUGUGUAGUUAACUUUUUAAGUUUAAUCUCUUCUAUUCACAUUCCUUCCAGGAGUAUCCUUUUGUUUUAAGAAUGUGUCCAUUUUAAAGGAUUUCUUUGUAGUAUGAUUUUCAUAGAAACUAAUGUUGAUCUACUAUCUAGUUAUGCAAUUUAUGCGAGCAAUUGUCUGCCUCUUUAUUCUCUCUCUCUCUUUUAAAGAUCUGUCCUAUUUGUGUCUCUUUUCCAUGGGGAGAUCCUAACCGGGUUACUAGAGAUUUUGUUGGCCAUUUAAAUCUAAGGCAUCAGUUUGAGUAUGGAGAUUUUAUGGUAAGAGCUUUUCUUUUGUUCUUGCGCCCUAUUUAAAAUGUUGUCAUUUUUUAAUCUCUAUGCUGGAAGACUAAAUUAGAGCCCUAUUCAUCUUGGAUUAAUUUGGGUAAAAGCACCUUCUAUAUUAGAUUGCCAGAUUUAAAUUACCUAGAAGCCUUGCUUUACCCAAGUUUUACAGCUGCCCUGGUAAAUUGUGAAAUCUCUUUCCUAGGUAGAUUUUGAGAAAAGGCUAGAAAAGCACUUAGGGGAUUUUGUGCAUUUAAAACACUUCUACCCUGCUUUAGGCAUAAAGGUUCCAAAGUCAGUUUAUACCUCAAUAAACCAUGCAUUCACUAGUCUCUACCCUCAAGCUUACCAUUUAAAAGAUAGGACACACAAGGAAAAAGAUGGGAAAGGACAGGAAAAGCAGACUUGGUCACUCUUCUCAAAAGUUACAGUUCAUAUAACAACCAGCUAAAUUGGAAGUUGUUCAGGCAGCUUCAUGGAAUGACUGCUGUUGAGAGAGAACGAGCCAGUCUCAACAAACCUGAUGAGAAUAGAUAGCCCUUCUUCUCUCCUCUCCACUGGUCUGUAGCCUGACAGCAUGGCUGUGGUGAUAGUGAAAGACAGAUGGUGUCUCAGCAGGUCUAGUUUCUCCCCCUGUCAAAUGUCAACUGUUUACUUCUGCUGCCUGGCUGGGGAACAGUCUGUGGUGCUGGGAUGCCAACAGGAUUUCCUGGACCUGUUACACUUUACUUAGAUUGGGUCCUCUGCAAUCCCCCCAGCAGUCUGUUGGAAGAAUUUAGGCUUAAGUGCAUAUAUUACCUUAACUUAUAUCUUACAGGGCCAUUACAAAGAUGAAAGGGAGAAUAAUAUACACAACCUUGAGCUCCUCACUGGAAGAGCAAGAUAUAAAUAUAUAUCACAGAUCAUGUAAACAAAAAGAAACAUGCUCAAAUCCAGAAAAGCCGUUCCCAUCUUGCUUUAACUGCAAUGUUCCAUAAUCUAGGGUUGCCAUAUGUCCAGAAUUUCCUGGACAUAUCCAGAAUACUGCAGCUGCAAGCAGUGUCUGGGUGGAAAUGGGUGAAAUGUCCUGGAAAAUAGGAAAGGGGGGGGAGGGAAAUCCAUUUUUUUCUCAGUAAGUAGUAAGUAAGAAAUUCAGUAAGAAAUUAAUUUAUUUCACCGGAGUUAUUUCUGAGUAAAACAUAUCAAAACCAAUUCUGUUUUAUACCCCCUAAAUUUCCGCUGAAUUAAUACCAAAUAACAUAACUAAUAAUUGCUCCUUAACAUUAUCUCAAGUAAAAAUACUGUUCCAAAACAACAUUGCUUGCUUUUCCUUUAAAUGUCCUGGUUAGAUGUGAAUCAUUGCCAUAACAUCACUCAUAAUCAACAUUUUGCAACCAUUCAUUUCUGGAAAUGUUUUGGGGGAGGUUCCAGUUUUUAGUAAUUCAUUUUGCUGUUACUAGCAUGUUAAUUGCCGGAAUGACAGCCUUCUUUUCUAAAGGAUCACUUAUAUCAUUUAGCAGACUAUUCAUAUACAUUUUCCCAUUGUGUGCUCUUUGUUGUAGUAAUUAGUGCAGAGUACAUGCUGAACUGUAGAGUGUAAUAACUUGGUCUGGGGGGAAAUUCUAAACCAUUUUUGUUGUUGUUUGUAUUUAGAAUCCUCAGCUGGAUGAGGAAACUCUGUUCCAAAAUGCUGUUGAGGAAUCUUGUCAAGAGAACCUUUGA